CUUCCCUCCGCUUCAUAUCCUCUCCCGUCCAACCCUCCCUUUGCUCGUCUCUAACCUCGUUGUCUCUUCUGUAUUUGUUCUUGUUUCCCAUCUAAUAGCUGCUUCCUCCCCAAGAGUUGCUCCUUCAUAGGCCCUUUCGCUUCACGCCCGAGAAGCCUCUGGGUACAGCAUCAUAAGCUCGACACCCGCAGAGAGUGCGACCACAUUCCUCCCUGCACAUCUUCCUCUCAGUCUCGUAGCCUUGUGGACGCCUUCUCUUCCUAAUUUUCUUUCCUUUACCUUUUACCUAUCAUAGUUGAAAUCCCUCCUUCAAGAUGUCUGCCGAACCAGAUCACUCCCACCACAAGCACAAGGUCAACCUGAAUGAUCCUUCAGGUGCGGAAAAGAAAGAUGAACUUGAUACUGCCACCGCCAUCCUCAAAAAGAAGAAGAAGCCAAACUCGUUGAUUGUCACUGACGCCGUCAACGAUGACAACUCUGUUAUUGCGCUUUCCAACAACACCAUGGAGACCCUCCAGCUCUUCCGUGGCGAUACAGUCCUCGUGAAAGGAAAGAUGCGCAGAGAUACCGUUUUGAUUGUCCUUGCGGAUGAUGAUCUUGAUGAUGGAAGUGCGCGUAUCAACCGCGUCGUUCGACACAACCUUCGCGUCAAGCAUGGGGACGUUAUCACCGUCCAUCCUUGCCCAGAUAUCAAAUAUGCCAAGCGCAUCGCCGUUCUCCCAAUCGCAGAUACCGUCGAAGGUUUGACCGGGUCUCUAUUCGAUGUUUUCCUCGCACCAUAUUUCCGCGAAGCCUACAGACCCGUUCGACAAGGCGACCUGUUCACUGUUCGUGGUGGUAUGCGUCAAGUCGAAUUUAAGGUCGUGGAGGUCGAUCCCCCGGAAUAUGGCAUCGUAGCCCAAGACACCGUGAUCCACUGCGAGGGUGAACCCAUCCAGCGUGAGGAUGAGGAGGGAAACCUCAAUGAUGUUGGCUACGAUGACAUUGGUGGCUGCCGAAAACAGAUGGCUCAGAUCCGAGAACUUGUCGAACUUCCACUUCGACACCCACAGCUCUUUAAGUCUAUUGGUAUCAAACCUCCUCGUGGCAUUCUCAUGUUCGGGCCACCUGGUACCGGUAAGACCUUGAUGGCUCGUGCCGUCGCCAACGAAACUGGUGCCUUCUUCUUCCUCAUCAACGGUCCUGAGAUUAUGUCAAAGAUGGCCGGUGAAUCCGAAUCAAAUCUGCGCAAAGCCUUCGAGGAAGCCGAGAAGAACUCACCUGCAAUUAUCUUCAUUGAUGAAAUUGACUCGAUUGCUCCCAAGCGUGAUAAGACUAACGGUGAGGUCGAACGCCGCGUCGUUUCCCAGCUCCUUACCUUGAUGGACGGCAUGAAGGCUCGCUCCAAUGUCGUUGUCAUGGCAGCCACAAACCGCCCCAACUCCGUUGAUCCCGCUCUUCGUCGUUUUGGACGUUUCGAUCGUGAGGUUGACAUUGGUAUCCCUGACCCAACUGGACGUCUGGAGAUCCUUCAGAUUCACACGAAGAACAUGAAGCUUGCUGAAGACGUCGAUCUCGAAUCCAUUGCUGCAGAAACCCACGGUUAUGUUGGCUCUGAUCUUGCGUCCCUCUGCUCGGAGGCUGCCAUGCAGCAAAUUCGUGAGAAGAUGGAUCUCAUUGAUCUCGAUGAAGACACCAUCGAUGCUGAAGUUCUUGAUUCAUUGGGUGUGACCAUGGAGAACUUCCGUUUUGCCCUUGGUGUUUCUAACCCCUCUGCCCUCCGCGAAGUUGCCGUUGUUGAAGUUCCCAAUGUUCGCUGGGAAGAUAUCGGUGGACUGGAAACUGUCAAGAGAGAGCUCAUCGAGAGUGUCCAGUACCCCGUCGACCACCCCGAGAAGUUCCUCAAGUUUGGUCUUUCACCGUCGAAGGGUGUCUUGUUCUAUGGCCCACCAGGUACUGGUAAAACACUCCUCGCCAAGGCCGUUGCCAAUGAAUGCGCUGCAAAUUUCAUCUCUGUCAAGGGUCCCGAAUUGCUGAGCAUGUGGUUUGGUGAAUCCGAAAGUAAUAUCCGCGAUAUCUUCGACAAAGCGCGUGCAGCUGCUCCCUGUGUCGUCUUUUUGGACGAACUUGAUUCCAUUGCCAAGUCUCGCGGUGGAUCUGUCGGUGAUGCCGGUGGUGCUUCGGACCGUGUUGUCAACCAGCUUCUGACAGAAAUGGACGGGAUGACUUCCAAGAAGAACGUGUUCGUCAUUGGUGCCACUAAUCGUCCUGAACAGCUCGAUGCUGCCCUGUGCCGCCCUGGCCGUUUGGACACUCUUGUUUAUGUGCCCCUCCCUAACGAGGCUGAGCGCGUUUCCAUCUUGAAAGCUCAGCUUCGAAAGACACCUGUUGCUCCCGAUGUCGACUUGGAGUUCAUUGCUAGCAAGACCCAUGGAUUCUCUGGUGCUGAUCUCGGUUUCGUUACGCAACGCGCUGCCAAACUUGCCAUUAAGCAGGCCAUCUCCAUGGAAAUCGAGCGGACCAAGGAGCGGGAGGCUGCGGGUGAGGAUGUCAUGGAUGAGGAUAUGGAUGACCCAGUUCCAGAACUUACUCGCGCCCAUUUCGAGGAGGCCAUGCAGAUGGCGCGCCGAUCCGUCAACGACACGGAGAUCCGUCGAUACGAAGCUUUCGCACAGAGCAUGAAAAACUCCAGCGGCAGCAAUUUCUUCCGAUUCCCAACUGAACAGGAAGCCGGUCAGGCUGGAUUCGGUGACGCUGGCAACGAUGAUAGUCUUUACGAUUAAGUAAUACCAUUGGGGUUUUUCAUGCUACAUUCUGGGUUUGUCUUCAUAUCUCACUAUGGCGAUGAGGAUUUCAACGGAUCAUUGGCAUCAAUGUUAGGCGGAGCAGGAGACGAAAUGUCUUUUAAAUUUUGUGUACGCACGACUUUUUUAUUUUCCAAAUUUUCCAGACUUUAGAUUGACUGUCUCUUUGAUUUACUUGAAUGAUGAGGUGUCUCCUUGCAAGACGGGAAAAGCAGUUCAAUAGUCAGAUAGAUAAUAGCUAAAGCUCAAUGCUCUGGAGGAAAAGAAGAAGCAUGCUUUAUUGCUCCCAUGGCCGCUUGGAAAAAAGGGAGAGAAAGAAAAAGAAUCUCCCGAUGCACGUAAUCUACACGCUCCCCCAACCGUCAUUGCCAGGGGG